AGAGGCGUUGCUCUCUGGCCGUGGCGCUUCUCUGCAAGCAAAAACAGAAAUUUCCGCUUCCUGCAACGAUAAAUAACUAGCGCAACUUGAGAAACAUUCGCAGCGACUUUGACGGUGAACGGCGGGUUGAAGCGCGCGUCGCGUCGCGUCGCGAUCGGUCUAACCGAGCCUCGGUCCUCGUGGACGGAUAACUGUGCUGCAGUAGAGGCUCGGCGCUCCAAACAGCCGUUUUAUUCGGGUUUUCCUUCAUUGUUUUCAAACAUAAGGUUCCUCCAGCAUGUCGGAGCGGGGAGGGCUCCCGAGGACUGGAGGCGUACCGUCUCCGCAGCCCUCCAAACCGGUGGCGAUCACCUCCAAUCGGCCGGUGCACAUGAACCUGUACGCCACCUGGGAAGUGGACCGAUCGUCGCCGAGCUGCGUGCCGAGGCUCUUCAAUCUGACUCUGAAGAAGCUGGUGAUGCUGAAGGAGCUGGAUAAAGAUCUGACGUCUGUGGUCAUCGCUGUCAAACUGCAGGGCUCGAAGCGAAUCCUGCGAUCCAAUGAGAUCCUCCUGCCAUCGAGCGGCCAAACAGAGACAGAUCUGCAGCUCACCUUCUCCUUACAGUAUCCACACUUCCUGAAACGAGACGCCAACAAGCUGCAGAUCAUGCUGCAGAGGAGGAAGAGGUACAAGAACAGGACCAUCCUGGGCUACAAGACGCUGGCGCUCGGGCUCAUCAACAUGGCAGAGGUGAUGCAGCACCCCAGCGAAGGCGCUCAGGUCCUGGGUCUGCACAGUCAGCUGAAGGAAGUGUCCGUCCCUGUGGCCGAGAUCCGGGUUUAUUCUCUGUCCAGUCAGCCCAUCGACCGUGAGGGACCCAAAGCCAAGAUGAGCGAUCGUUCUCCAGACAUUGAUAACUACUCAGAGGAAGAGGAGGAGAGUUACUCGUCUGAGCAGGAGGGCAGCGACGACCCCGUUCACCAUUAUCUAGAUGAUGAAGAGGACGAGGUGAGGAAGAAGAAACCCAGGCGCAAACUUACUUCAAACGCCUCCAUUACUAGACAACCGAACAUCAAGCAGAAGUUUGUGGCUCUGCUGAAGAGGUUUAAGGUCUCAGAUGAGGUGGGUUUCGGGCUGGAGCACGUGUCCCGUGAGCAGAUCCAGGAGGUGGAGGAGGAUCUGGACGAGCUCUAUGACAGUCUGGAGAUGUACAACCCCAGCGACAGCGGGCCGGAGAUGGAGGAGACCGACAGCAUCCUCAGCACUCCCAAACCCAAGCUCAGGCCGUUCUUCGAGGGAAUGUCCCAGUCGAGCUCUCAGACUGAGAUCGGCAGCUUGAACAGUAAAGGCAGUCUGAGCAGAGAGCCCUUCAGUCCUCGAGUUUGCCUUUAUUCAUGUUUUAACAGAUCCCUCUCUCUGUGUGUCUUUCGCAGGCCGUUCUUCGAGGGAAUGUCCCAGUCGAGCUCUCAGACUGAGAUCGGCAGCUUGAACAGUAAAGGCAGUCUGAGCAGAGAGCCCUUCAGUCCUCAGGGGGAGCAGCCGGCGUCUGAUAAACUCAAACCCUCGCGCAGCCGCCACCUGGACGAGCCUCUGUGUGAGACGGACACGCAGGAACUGAAUGAUCAGGAGUUGUUCAGUGAAGUCGGACCCUCUAUAACCGUGUCUGUGGCUGAAAAACCACGAACACCCCUAAAAACCAGCAAGAACGAGCUUCAGUCCAUGUCAUCGCCCAGGUUGGAUGGAGGACACACACCCCGUAAGCGCAGCACUCCUGUGAAAGACCGACAGCUCUCCAAACCGCUGAGCGAACGAGCCAACAGCUCCGACAGCGAGAGAUCGCCUGAAAUCGGACACAGCACACAGGUCCUCAGCAAGGCCGUCUAUGAUCAGUUGAAUCAGAUUCUGUUAUCUGAUGCUGCUCUUCCUGAAAGUCUCAUCCUGAUCAAUGGCACAGACUGGCAAGGACAGUAUGUUGCGGAGCAUUUAUUUUUGUUUUUUGAUGUGGAUAUUCUUGGAUGUUCUCAUCCUGUUGCUAAGCACCUGGGUGCCCUUGACAACCGUUACAGCGCUGCCUUCCUAGACGGAGCCUGGAGAGACACAUUCAACCGAUCAGAGCCACCGCAGACGGAUGCGGUGGACGUGGCGGUGCGUGUGGCUCAGUACAUCAGCGGCGCGGCUCUCACACACCAGCUGCCCAUCGCUGAGGCCAUGCUGACCUGCAAACACAGAACGAGAGAUGAAGAUUCCUAUCAGAAAUUCAUUCCCUUCAUUGGGGUGGUGAAAGUGGGUUUGAUUGAGCCUGGCCAAUCAGCAGCAGGCGACUCUGAAGAGGGCGUGGCUGUGAGUUUAGCCGUCCCCUCCAAGUCUCCGCCCUCUCACGGCUCACCCGGUGGGCUGAAGGAGACGGCCACGCCCCCCUCGUCUCCCUCCAUGGGCGGCGGUUUGGCAGUGCAGGGGAGUCCCAGCUUGUCUCACGGCGGGGACGCCAUCGGUCUGCAGGUGGAUUACUGGCUGGCGUCUCUGGCGGAGAAGCGUCGCGAGGGCGAGAGGAGAGACACCGGCUGUAAGAACACUCUGAAGAGUGCCUUCUGGUCGCUGCAGGUCAGCCGUCUGCCAGGAGGAGGAGCCAGCGAGCCGCAGGCACCCGGCAACACUAUGGCCAUGACCGUGGUCACCAAAGAGAAGAACAAGAAAGUUCCCACUAUUUUCCUAGGGAAGAAGCCUAAAGAGCGGGAGAUGGACUCUAAGAGUCAGGUGAUCGAGGGCAUCAGCCGGCUCAUCUGCUCCGCCAAACAGCAGCAGACCAUCCUGAAAGUCACCAUCGACGGAUGCGAGUGGAACGACGUGAAGUUCUUCCAGCUAGCUGCUCAGUGGCCGACUCACGUCAAGUAUCUCCCGGUGGGAUUGUUCGGCUACAGCAAACCGCCCUCCUAGGACUCCCCACUUUCUCAGCCCCGCCCCUUCAACCUGCAACCUACACCCCAUUGCACGCCACCGCCACUUUCACAACGCUGGCCAAUCACAGUUGAGACGGGACUCUCAUGUGACCGUCUCUGGAGGGCGGGUAGGUGGAGUUGAAGACGGCUUUGAUAGACUUUUAUCAGCGCUAGUCACUUUUAUUUAUCAAAGGCCCCAGAGCCACAUAUGGGGGCCAAGCACAAAAUUUGGAUACACCACCUGUCGAAGACUAUUUAACAGCAUGACGCCGCUUAAAUCACUCUCAACAACCCUCAAUAAGUCCCUUUGCGUAACUGAUCUCUUCCAUCAUUGACCUCCAUAACCAGUAUAAUUGAGAAAUGCAGCUAAAAUCUACCAUGGUAACUGUAUUUGGAGAUAAACUUGCAGUUAUUGUCACUCAAGUAAAAUCAGCUUUCGGAAUCUUUCUGUUACUUAGCAACUAGGGAAUUUUGGCAGAAACCAUGGUUGCCAUGGUAGUUUUUUGUGAACAGAGAUUCAAACAUGAAAAAUGCGCCAAUGAAUAUUCCGAAAUUAGCUAAUUUCUCGCCUGUAGUACGAAGGCGGAGUUAAACGCCAAUUUGACAUUGGAGGCGGGGCUACGAGGUGCCCAUCGGCCAACUGAGGAGUUUUUAGAUUUCCUAAAAAUCAUCGUUUGCAUAGUUUGUUUUAUCCUUCCAGUCAGCAACAUCUGGAAAUGCGUUGUUGACCUCCAACCUGCAUGUCUUAAAAAAAAGUUAACAUUUAAUGUUAGUUCAGUAGUGCACUGUGUACUUGUGCACAAAUCGCUUUGCAUGAUGCAGCGGUGUCUCACGUUCCCCUUGACACACGGAAGGUUAGUAGUUCGCAUUGGUUAAUUCUGUUAAUUAGAAUAAACAAUUUCAAUUUAGUUUUAUAUUCGUUUUUAAACGUGGUUUUAUGUGUCAGUUAUUGUUUAUUUUUAAAAGUGACCUUUUAGCUUAAAUAUGUAGCUCAUCUACAGGUUUUAUUUCAUUUCAUAAAACAUCUCCAAAGAUCUCUGGCCAAUCAGAAUGUAAACAUUACGGCACAGAAUGAGUAAGUCACCUUUAUAAUACGGGCAACGGCAAACUCGAUUUAUGAAAGAACUAGGUCGUAUCAAUCAGCACAAGGCCUAACGUAAAGGCUGCACGAGGUUGGAGGUGAAAAUGUCAGCGAUUAAGCCAGCAGAAUUGGGGAAGAUGUAGUUUUAUUGCUGUUUUUGGUUCUUGUUUGCAUCUUUACAGCUGGAAACCGGUUUGGGGAGAACUACAAGGGUUUCAUCUUCAUCAGUUGUCAAAUGCUAUGCACUUAAACUCACCUUCAUUUCUUCAUAUCUUCGUCCAAAGCACAAAAAGCGAUCAGCUCCUCAUACAGAAUGCCAAAUUAAAACACGAUUCGCAAACACUACCUUUACACACUGCAAACACAUGAUUUUCUUAUUUUAUUCUUAUUUUGUUUUUGUCUUUUCCAGUACAAAUAUCUAAACAAUCUUAAAUCAAGAUACAUUUACUUGAGAAGCAAAAUGACUUAAGAUGUACUGAAUUUUGAUAAUUUCUCAAAAAACAGUGCUUAAUAUCUUAAAUCAUUUGACUUUAUCUUGAUUUAAGAAGGUUUGGCUAUUUGAAAACACUAUAAAAUACAAACUAGGACAAAAAUACUGCGAGAAUCAUUUUUUGCAGUGCAGCUGUGAACAAAACGUCUGAACUGAUCAGUAAAUCUUGAGCUACAACAUCCCUUUAUUUUCUAGCUGGAGCUUGUUACAUUACUGCUAAUGGCAGCUUUCACAGAAGUACCGUGGUUUUAUUUUGUCUAGAACUUUUGUGAGAUAUUCUUGUGAGUGGUAGGUAAUGCAACAAAAUGUCACUGAAAUGUGGUUUUAAAAUGAUAACAAAACAAACAACAAAAAAGCUAUCUAUGAAAUGGUGUUGUGCCACAGUGAGAGUGAAGCCAGUGUGUAGUGCGCGUGUGUUUGUGUGAGUGUGUGUGUGUGUUGUGGACAGUAGUGCUCACUGGUUUAAUUAAUCUGGUGUUAACUGUACGUUCUUCACGACACAAGAUUCGGCGUCUUUCCACCCAGCCGACUUAUAUCCAUUGCAGCUUGAAAUGCUGAUAAAUUAUUAAUAUACAAUGAUUGUUACAUGAUUAACCUGUUGAACUCCUAAUAUUGUUUUUCAAACUGAAAGAGUGAAUCUCACAAAAACCCGUA